GCUCUCCCUCGCCCCCGCCCCAGCCGCUGCCCCAAGCCCCGCUCCAGCCGCUGCCCCCGCCGCGGCACUGCACCCGGACUCCGCCGCCGCUGCACUGCACGACGAACUCGUCGACGGGCUCCACCAUAAGGCCGCGCUGCCGUUUUCCUCCGACGACCAGCAGCAGCAGCCGGAUCCUCACUGCUCUCCAUUAGCUUCAAGUAGGAAAUGAUUUAGGCAGGUUAUGCCAUAAGCUUGAAAGUAGGUGUGCAUAAUCGGGAAGGUAAAACAAUUAUUCCUGCCCCCAAAAGCACGCUCGGCUCUACUGCGCCAUGGCCAUCGAGUGCCUUGUGCUAGGGGCGGGGCAGGAGGUGGGGAAGAGCUGCGUGGUGGUGACCAUCGGCGGGAAGCGUAUCAUGUUCGACUGCGGCAUGCACAUGGGCUACCAUGAUUGUAACCGCUACCCUGACUUCGCACGCAUUCUUGCUGCUGCCCCCGAAACCACCGAUUUCACCUCUGCCAUCUCUUGUGUCAUCAUCACACACUUCCAUCUGGAUCAUAUUGGGGCGCUGCCGUAUUUCACUGAGGUCUGCGGGUACCAUGGUCCAAUUUACAUGACAUACCCAACAAAGGCUUUAGCUCCAUUGAUGCUGGAAGAUUAUAGGAAAGUAAUGGUAGAUCAGAGAGGAGAGGAAGAACAAUAUAGCUACGAAGACAUUCUGCGCUGUAUGAAGAAAGUCAUACCUGUGGACUUGAAGCAAACCAUUCAAGUAAAUAGAGACCUUGUGAUCCGUGCCUAUUAUGCUGGACAUGUUUUGGGGGCUGCAAUGGUUUAUGCAAAAGUUGGAGAUGCUGCUAUGGUCUACACUGGGGAUUACAAUAUGACACCAGAUAGACAUCUUGGAGCAGCUCAAAUUGAACGUCUGAAGUUGGAUCUUUUGAUAACAGAGUCUACAUAUGCUAAAACUAUACGUGACUCAAAGCAUGCCCGAGAGAGGGAGUUUCUAAAAGCGGUCCACAAAUGUGUUUCUGAAGGUGGUAAAGUUCUAAUUCCGACAUUUGCUUUGGGAAGAGCUCAGGAGCUAUGCAUAUUACUCGAUGACUAUUGGGAAAGGAUGAACUUGAAGAUUCCUAUUUAUUUUUCAGCUGGUUUAACCAUUCAAGCUAACAUGUACUACAAGAUGCUUAUUGGAUGGACUAGCCAAAAGAUCAAGGACAGCUACACAGUUCAAAACCCAUUUGACUUCAAGCAUGUUUGCCAUUUUGAGCGUUCAUUCAUUAACGAUCCUGGACCAUGUGUACUUUUUGCAACACCUGGUAUGAUCAGUGGUGGAUUUUCUCUUGAGGUGUUUAAGAGGUGGGCUACAUCAGACAAAAAUUUGGUGACACUACCAGGGCCUGGGAAACCUGUGCAGCGUGCGCGUCUGCAAAGGGCCUCCAAAUCAGCAGGAUUCCCAUUAUAUUGUGUUGCUGGAACCAUUGGACAUAAGUUGAUGUCUGGAAAACCUACUAGGAUUGAUAUUGACAAGGAUACCCAUGUUGAUGUCAGAUGUCAGAUCCAUCAGCUGUCAUUCAGUCCUCACACAGACUCCAAGGGGAUCAUGGAUCUUACAGAAUUUCUUUCACCCAACCAUGUGAUUCUUGUUCAUGGAGAAAAGCCUCAGAUGGCCUUUUUGAAGGACAGGAUUGAAUCUGAAUUGGGGAUGUCAUGCUAUUACCCAGCUAACAACGAAACCGUGUCCAUUCCGACGACUCAGAAUAUGAAGAUAAGCGCCACAGAGAAGUUCAUCACAAACUGUGCUGCUCUGCAAGCUAGAGAUAGUCUGCAAAAGUCAGACCUGAUUUCUAGCAUCCAUCUGUCAGGAGUCAACGAGGACGAAAGGCUAGCAGAGGGCAUUCUUCUUAUGGAGAAGUCCAAAGCACCGAAAAUAUUGUGUGAGGAUGAGUUUCUUAAGUUGCUGGGCACGGAUCGACAUUCUGUCCAAUUUGAACCACUGCUUCCCUCCAGGAUUGAAGAGGCUGAAGCUGCCAUUGUAGAUGAUUUGACCAGCGAGUGAAAUGAGUGUAUAUUGUUUUAUCAAUCCAACAGAUUGAUGAAUCUUACUCCCUCAUAAAUGUCUAUAGGGGCAUCUCGGAUAAUUCAAAUGUGAUA